AUGCAAUGCCGCCAACUAUGUCGAACUCCAUUUAUGGCGAAGGGACCACUUUGCGACCCAAAGUUGUUUCGUCUUGCUGCUACCAAAAUCAAGAGCCUUGGAAGCGAAAUCUACGAUGCCCUCUUUAAGAAGGUUAUAAUGCUGUUCUUGGUGUUUCAACGUCGUGACGUCGUACAUGGCAUCGACGAAUUUUCUGCUGAAUCACAACAAGAACGGCUGGGCGAUGACGGUGCUCCGUUGCUCUGCGUUGAGACUGAUUUUGCAGCCGAGUUACCCCAGUUAUCUGGAAUAUUGACAGACCCGAUGGUUUUCCGUGAUCGAGAACGCGCCAUGUUCGUGAAUCUGUUUGCUUUCCAAAGUUGGAUCGAAUCCGCAGCUCUGCUUCUAAAGGUAUGCGACAGAAGAUAUCGGUAUAGAAUGGAUUUUGAUGAAGUGGUUCGCGCGAUACCUGAUUAA